GCGAGGGUUGAAACCCAACCCCACCUUAAAACUAGGGCUCCCAGAAGGAGGAAAGAAGCCGAAGACCAAACAAGAAAAGAAAGUGCCCCCCUUUCUCUCCCCCGACUAAAUCUUGAGAGAUCUCUCCUGACCCUCGUUGAUUGCCAAUUCCUUUCCUUCUUGUAGUUUUUGUUCACUCCAUCUGAGUCCUAGCUAAAGAUUUGAUCUUGGGAAGCUACUCUUGGUGACGAGAUGGCUGGAGCUCGGUCGAUGGCGAUCGGUUCCGUGGCCGUCGACUCCCAUCCCUCCCCUUGCCUCUGCGUCGAUGCUCUGCCCCACUCCAAUCUCAAUUUCAGGGGAAGCGGGGACGCUCACAGGAUCACGGCAUGCCGGAAGCCGUCGAGGUCGGCGCCGGGCUCUUUGGAGCUGAGCAGCUCCUUCGUGGACACCUGGCAAGGGCGGCGUCCCUCGGGGCGUUCCAGGAAGCGGCAGAGCAAGAGCAAGAGCAAGAGCAGGAGCCUUGUUGUCCUGGAUGAACUGGGCGGGCAGUAUGAAGAGGGCUUCGAUGAUGUUCAUGUGCAACUUAUCAAUUACUUCACCUACAAAGCUGCAAGGACUGUUCUUCACCAGCUUUAUGAAAUGAACCCACAAAAGUACAUGUGGUUCUAUAAUUUUGUUGCAACCAACAAACCAAGUGAUGGUAAACGUUUUCUACGUAUUCUUGGAAAGGAGAAGCAAGACCUAGCGGAAAGAGUGAUGAUUACACGCCUACACCUAUAUGGCAAAUGGAUUAAGAAAUGUGAUCAUGCGAAAAUGUAUCAACAAAUUUCUGAUGAGAACUUGCAGUUGAUGCGUGAACGGUUAAUGGAUACUGUCAUAUGGCCAUCUGAUGACACAAACACAGAGAAGAUUGGCUGAUGGCUAUAGUUGCAGUCGCAAUAUUCUCAAACACACAAGAUUGGCUGAUGGCUAUCGUUGCAGUCGCAAUAUUCUCAAACAUGCAGGAGACGAAAUAUUCUCGCUUUAUAUUCUAGUUGAUUUUAUAUCACAUUCUUAGUAAUUUCCAUCUCAGAAACUCUUAUGUGUAUAAUGUUACACAGCUAAUAAAGAAUAUGAAUGGUACAAUAUAUAAUUAUCUUAUGCCAACCAAUUUUCCUUGUA